UCAUUAUUCUUAAAGAGGAAAAGAAAUGGAGGCCUUCAAUCUUCCUCCUUUACUUCUGUCCUUUCUUUUUGUUCUUUUGCAAACAUCCACCAUUGCAGCCAAGAAGUCUUAUAUUGUUUACUUGGGAUCACAUUCACAUGGGUUGAAUCCUUCCGCAAUUGAUCUUCAACGUGCAACACAAACCCACUACAAUCUACUUGGAUCCAUGUUAGGAAGCAACGAAGCAGCUAAGGAAGCAAUCUUUUACUCAUACAAUAGACAUAUCAAUGCCUUUGCAGCUGUUCUUGAUCAGAAAGUUGCAGAAGAUAUAGCAAAGCAUCAUGAUGUGGUAUCAGUACAUGAGAACAAAAAACUAAAACUGCACACUACACGAUCAUGGAACUUUCUUGGAGUUGAGAAUGAUGGUGGAAUUCCUUUAGACUCACUUUGGAAUCUUUCAAGAUUUGGUGAAUCUACAAUCAUUGGCAACAUUGACUCUGGUGUUUGGCCUGAAUCAAAGAGUUUUAGUGACGAAGGAUAUGGACCUAUCCCAACAAGAUGGAAGGGAAGUUGUGAAGGUGGCACCCACUUUAGUUGCAAUAGGAAGCUGAUUGGAGUACGAUAUUUCAACAAAGGUUUUGCAUCCGACGUGGGACCUCUCAACUCAAGCUAUGAAACAGCAAGGGACGUUGAUGGGCAUGGAACACACACCUUAUCCACGGCUGGAGGCAAUUUCGUUAAAGGAGUAAGCAUUUUAGGGAAUAGUUAUGGCACUGCAAAAGGGGGUUCCCCUAAAGCCCUUGUUGCUGCCUAUAAAGUAUGUUGGUCUACAGAUAGAGGUGAUGGGUGUUUUAUGGCCGAUAUUCUAGCUAGCUUUGAAGCUGCCAUUAGUGAUGGAGUUGAUGUUCUAUCGGUUUCACUCGGUGGAGGUAUUCAAGAAUUUUCCGACGAUCUUAUAGCUAUAGGGUCCUUCCAUGCAGUGAAGAACGGCAUCACUGUUGUUUGUUCAGCUGGAAAUUCAGGACCAAGUGAAGAUACUGUCUUAAAUGUCGCACCAUGGAUGAUAACUGUGGGAGCUAGCACAGUUGACAGGCUUUUUACAAGUUACGUGGUGUUGGGAGACAAGAGGCAAUUCAAGGGUGAAAGUCUUUCUAGUAAAUUAUUGCCACCUAAGAAGUUCUAUCCGUUGAUCCGUGCUUUAGAUGCAAAAUCCAACAACACCUCUAAUCACGAAGCCAUACUAUGUCGUCAAGGGUCUCUUAAUCCUGAAAAGGUAAGAGGAAAAAUUGUAGUUUGCCUUAGAGGGGAAAAUUCAAGAGGGGAGAAAGGUUACGUGGUUGCUCAAGCAGGUGGUGUUGGGAUGAUUCUCGCUAAUGACAAAGAAAGUGGGGAUGAACUUUCGGCUAGUCCUCACUUUCUUCCUGCUUCACAUAUAAGCUAUACCGAUGGUGAAUCAGUCUACCAAUAUAUCCAAUCUACUAACACUCCAAUAGCUUACAUGACUUCCGUGACUGAGUUGGGAAUCAAACCAGCACCAAUUAUGGCUUCAUUCUCUUCGAGAGGUCCCAACAUAGUUGAGCCCUCAAUACUCAAGCCUGAUAUAACAGCACCAGGGGUGAAUAUAAUAGCGGCUUUCUCUGAAGCAACAUCCAUAUCUGGUUUACCUUAUGAUAAGCGUCAAGCUCAAUUUAUUACAUUAUCUGGCACUUCCAUGUCAUGCCCCCAUAUUUCUGGCAUUGUCGGCCUUCUCAAAACGCUUUAUCCAAAAUGGAGUCCAGCAGCUAUCAGAUCUGCAAUCAUGACGACAGCCGAAACCGAAGCCAAUGACUUAAAUCCAAUACUAACCUCAGAAAAGGAGAAAGCAAACCCAUUGGCAUAUGGUGCAGGUCAUGUCCAACCAAACAAAGCAUCAAAUCCUGGCCUUGUUUACGACCUCACCACCCAAGACUACUUGAACUUCCUAUGUGCCCGUGGCUACAAUAAAACACUAUUGAAACUAUUCACUAAUGAUACUUCAUUUGUUUGUUCAAAGUCAUUCAAAGUAACAGAUUUAAACUACCCAUCAAUCUCAAUGAAUAAUCUGAAAUCAGAGGCAGUAGAGAUCAAAAGAAGAGUAAAAAAUGUGGGAAGUCCAGGCAUGUAUGUUGCUCAAGUCGAGGCACCACCAGGAGUUUCUGUUUCGGUAGACCCGAGUACUUUGAAGUUCACUAAAACUGAUGAAGAGAAGGAUUUCAAAGUUGUGCUAAGGAGGGUGCCAAAUAAUCAAACUGAACAGAAUGUGUUCGGAAAACUUGUAUGGUCUGAUGGAAAACAUCGUGUUAGUAGCCCGAUUUUUGUGAUAUUAGGGAUUUAGUAAAACAAGCACAUG